GUACUGUGAGGAGCUGAAUGAGAAGGUCCGGCUGCUGUACCGUCUGCACAUCCCACCAGCUCUGACAGAAAGUGAGGAUGACCCCUCUCUGAUGAAGAGCCCCCUGGUGUCCACAAACAGACCGCUCUUUGUUAAUCUGCCGUCAGCCGUCAUUGAAACUGCUGUUCCAGAUGUUGAAGGAGAAGUGAAGGACUACCAGGAGCAGCUGAAGCAGAUGCUGAAGGAUCUGGUCAAGCAGAGAGAGAAAGAUGUGGAGAAGCCUCUGCCGCUCAUGAACCAGCGUGAGUUCAUCCAGUUUUGUAAGACGCUCUACAGCAUGUUUCACGGCGACCUGGUGGAGAACGACCUCUUCCAGGCCAUCGCCACGGUUACCAGCCUGGUGCUGCAGAUCGGAGAGGUGGAACAUCGGAGACACAGCUCAGAGGGGUCGGAGGUCAGCGCAGAACAAACCCCCGAGGAUGCUGGGAGUUCUUCGUCGGACAGCGAUUGGACGGUCAGCUACGCUCAGAUUCUGGCGUCGCUGCUCACCGAACAGGCGCUGGUGAACUUCUUCGAGAAGCCCGUGGAUCUGUGUGCAAAAAUCUCACAGGCCAAUCAGAAGCAGUACGAGCAGCGGGCCGGAUUACUCACUCUGCAGCAGGGGAGGUGACCCAAUGUGAGCCAAAUAAUAUCAGUAUCACCGGACAGGAAGAUGCAGAGUGCUAGAGAUACCUUUGACAUUACAAUUUAUAGUAUGACUGAACUGUAACUGACAACAGGAAGGAGGUUUUUCCAGUUUUCCCAAAGUACGUAGAGCCAAAAGAGACAAUUUAUUACGCAGCAGGCCACAAGAUGGUCGACUCGCUGCAGAAAUAUCAGUAAAAAGAUCCUUUUGUGCCUGGAUCAAUUCUUGUUAGACGGAUGACCCGAAUGUGAGGCGAGACGCGGACAAUUAUCACUAUCACUGGACAGGCAGGAAGAUAAAGAGCCCUAGAGAUACCUGUGAUAUUAAAAUCAAUAGUCGGACUGAACUGUAACUGACAACAGGUUCUGUUCCAGUUUCCCCAAAGUACUUCGAGACAAAAAAGACGCAGCAGGCCACGAGAUGGUCGACUCGCUGCAGCAACAUGAGUAAAAAGAUCCUUUCGUGCCCGGAUGAAUUCUCGUUAUUGCCUUUUGACGUCACUGAUGAUGCAGCCUCUAUAAAGUGUUGUGUUAUAUGAACAGUGUACGGUGCUCGUCAUUUUGUGUUUUUUGUGCCUUGUUAAAUUCACACGUUUGCCUUUUCACGUCACCAUAAAGAUGCCUGCAGUUAAACUGUGAUGUAGGCUCAUACUCUGCCACCACUUUCUAAUAAAGAAGCUUUUAUAAAGUGUGUUAUGACUAAUGACUUCAAUGCCAGGCUGUGAAACAGAUUUAGUGAUCAAUUCAAUGUCAAGUUAAAUAACAAUGUAAUUAAUAAAGGGUUAAGUUAAUACAUUAAAUAGAAGUCCUUAAUUCUAAAUGAAUAUGUUGUUAAUAAAUUCAUUGAUUCUGAUUAAUA